GAAAACAUCUCCGCCAAGCUGAAAGCCUUCAAUGGCGCAGUGGCCAUGCUGGGCAGGCAGACCAAGAGCCUGCAGGAGGAUAGGGAGGCACUGAACACCAGAGCCCAGGAGAUGGUGCAGAUAGAGAGCCAAGUGGUGAACAUGUCUGCUGAGGUGCAGGCGCAGGAUCCACACCAGGAUGAACAGGCUAGAGUAGAGGGUGGAUGGAAUGCUGCAAGGAUGGGGGUGAAGCUGAACAACAGCAGUAACAACCGCAGUGAUGCCAACUUCAUCCAGGUAGAGAACAAUCUGCCACUUCUUCAUAAUGUACUGUGGGUGUUUUCUAAAAUAUUAUCAAGGAGUAUUUAUUGUAUUACUUAUUGAAUAUGAUUAAUACAAUGAUGAAUAAAUUAAUAAAAUGAAAAUUAGAGGUCAAAAAUGUAAAGUCAACUGCUGACUCACAUUGUGAUGAUGGUCAGUAAAGUCAAGCCCUGUAUUCAAAUAAUGGGCAAGCUUCAAUAUACUGCAAUUAUGGUACAUCCAUUUCCCACAUUAUCAAUCUCAUCAGAAGUUAAGACAUUGUGAAUACAACAAAAAACAGAUCUCAUUUGUGUCACUUUUGUCCUCAGCGUAAACGGAUAGAUGACCUAGUGGAGAGAGUAAUGCAACAGCAGGACAAACUGGAGAAACAAAACAUGCACCUACAUGCACUCCAGGGCAAGGUAUGUACUGUACAACACCCCCUAUUGUGUGUGUGUGUGUGUGUACAUUAUCUGAUAGGUCAUGUUUGUCUAUUCCCUCAGUUUAAACAGAGGAGAGAGGAGUCGGUUGUCAGACGGGGACAUGAGGAAAAAGCACUGAAGGAUGACACUAAAGGAGUCGCUUCUCUAACUGGUAACUCAUACAUCCUAAUAGAAUAUGGACAUUGAAUUAGUCAAUUUUGUUGAAUUUCCAAUCUCCAAUUCACUUCCAUUCACACUACCUAUUCUUCAAAAACACACAACCUUUUGAUUUUGUUGGGCCUCGCAUGGUAGCACACAUGGACUUGUAGGACAGGAUGGACACACAUCUCGGUUUCAGAUAAUGGUCCACAAGAUAGAUAAUAUAAUUGUCUUGAAAGGGGUCAUUCACUUUGCACAUUUCAGCAAGAAUUGGCGAUCAGUACACAUUUACAAACAUUCCAAGUGUUUCUGUAUGUGCUACUGAUAUUCAGAUAUUACUUACAGUCCCAGAUUGUAUUGAAGAAAAAUACAUUUCCUUUUGCUCUGUGGCAUCCCUGCUGGUAGUACGACCUGUAAGUAGUCCAAAGAUCAAGGCUCUUAAGGACAAGGAGUUUUGCCUUUCCUGUGUACUCAUUGAUAAGCAGUUGCCCUAGAUCAGUAUACAAGUUGCCAGUGAAUACGUUUACUCAAUGUGAAUGGGUGAUUUGUUACUAGAUCUCAAAGCCCAGGGAGAUGAAUGACGUCUGUCUAAUUUGAUGAAUGGUUACUGAUGAACGUGUAUCAUUUUUGUUGUUUCAGAGUUGGCCACGGACUGCCAUGAGUUGUUCCUAAAAGGGGAGAGAGACAAUGGAAUGUACACACUCCAGCCUCGCAACUCUCAGCCCUUGGACGUCUUCUUUAAAGUGACUGCUGGUGAGUGAAAGAUAAACUAAUUUACAUUUUAGUCAUUUAGCAGAUGCUCUUUUCCAGAGUGACUUACAGUUAGUGAGUGCAUAUAUUUUUUUCAUAUUGGCCCCCCGUGGGAAACGAACCCACAACCUUGGUGUUGCAAGCGCCAUGCUCUACCAACUGAGCUACAGGGGACUAAUGUCCUUGUUCUUGGUUGCUCUAAACUUCUAAAUCGCCAUCGGUGGGAAUUUGCCCUGAUGGAUAUAGGCUUCUCCAAGAACAGUUGCUUUUCACAGGAUGGCUGUGGAACGAUUGGAACAUUCCUUGGCUAAUUCCCUGUCUGGAGAAAAUCCACACUCUGAGAAAACAGGAAGAGCACACUGAUGUUGGAGCGGUUCGAUUGGAGGGGAGAGGCUCAGUCUGUGCAGUACCCAUUCCGAUUGGGUGGAGAAGAGAGUAACCACGCCCUCUACCUGCCCAAGAGUUCAUCUGAUGGCCUGGACAGUGGCUUGACCACCGGGCCCUCCGGUCUGCCCUUCUCCACUACUGACAGAGAAAACAACCUGCACGCCGAUGUCAACUGUGCCAAGCAACUCUCAGGUACGUCAGUGUAUCAUUCACAUUUUCCUUGAACUUGUCCUCACUGAAGUUCUUGAAUCUUCUCAUCUAAAAGAAUGAACUCUAACAAGUGUCUUGUUUCCCCAUAGGUGGCUGGUGGUUCAGCAACUGCAGCCAAUCCAACCUGAAUGGCAAGUACCCUAGAAAAACCCACCUCCUUCAAAGGCUACAGCCAAGGAAGCCACUGAUCAUUUGGAAGAGCAAUCAUACCCUGAGGACCACUGUAUUGAAGAUUAUCCCAGCUACAGUCAAGUCAUAG